CUUAAGUAUUGCUGUUAGUUUAUUUCUGACGUAAGUAAUUUCUCAGAAGGGUAAUAUUUGUGCAACGCAACAGAAGAAAGUUUUCAUAUUAUAAUCAUAUAGGUGGAAAACUCCUUAGCUAUGAACAAGAUUCUGACCAGGAUGAUAAGGAACAGUACUACUUUGGCUACCCUCUUCUCCAUUUUCAUGUUAGCUUCAUGUAAUAAAACUGUUUCAGAGGACAUGCAUGGCAACAGUACUAUAUUAGGAGAUGUAGUGAAGUUGUGUGAAAAAAGUGUGUCAAGUCAUAACUGUUCACUCCACUGUACUGUAUUGUUAGAAGAUAUACUGACACGGUGGAAAGAGCACAACUUUACUGUGCUUAUGAAAGGCCCACAAGUUCCAAAAUACUGUUAUAAUGAUACACAGUGCAAGGAAAUCGUGCCAGGUUCAUUUUGUAGAAAUAUAUCCUGUGGAUGUGUGUAUGAUCAAGACCAAGAGGAAAGCUGCCUAUUCCAUGAUGAAUCUGGAGAAAGUCAUGAUCAUGUGUGUAUUGUAACUGCUUCGUGGACAAGUGUCUAUGUAAAUGUAGUUGGAAAUGGUUUUCCAUGGACUAAGUUAAUGUUCCUGUUUAUUGGACUGUUUUUGAUUUCCUUGAUAUUCAUGGGAAUUCGAUGGUUUCUGCCCAUGUUUGGGUUUUGUGAAGGAAAGACAAAACUAAAGCAUAAUUCUUCCCAUCACAGUGGAAUAAAUUUAGUUGGUACAGAGUUGGAAAUGUCUUCUUAUGAUGAUAACCAUGCAGAUUAUGCUUCAUGUUUGAAGCACCCUGUUGCUUCACCAUCUUAGCUGUAAACUCAAACCAAAAGUGCAUUUCAUAGUGGUGAUCAUGGACCAAAUGGAAUCUUACAAAUGUUGUUUUCUGAUGAAAUUGGUGCUUCCUUAGAUUUUUAGUUCUUAAGUUUUUGUGGAAGACAUUACUGAAUAUGCAUAAUAUAUUUGUUCUUACUGUAGUGAAAGUUUCAAAGGUGUACAUUUACAAGCCUUCAGUGAUCUGUUUUAUAUACAUGUUUCCUAAGUAUUCUGUUGUAGCAAGCUAGAUAAGAUGUUUCUCUUAGACUCAGUGGAAUAACAUUUUAUUACAGAUGUGAAGUUAAAAAAUAUCACAAUGCAAUUAUUUUGUCACUUAUUCAGAAUACAAAUUUUUCAUGGCCACAGUUAGCCUUAAAGGAAGAUUAAAGUGCCUUUCUUUGGACAUUUUUUUAAACUGUAAUUGAUAAACUUCAGAUGUUUUUAAAAAGUCCUUGAAUUUGUAUCCAAAAACAUUUCCCGUGUCAACUGUAAAAAUUACAUAACCAUGUGGUCAUAACAGUUUGAAGUAGUGAGACACUGAAUCUGAAAUUAUGAACUUUUAAAUAACUUACAGAUAAUUAAUGUAUUUUUUUUGCAAAAUGGGUAGUGGUAUUGUUUUAGUAUUACGUGUUAAGACUGAAAAUAAAUUAUAUUUUUGAUACAUUAAUGAACUUGGAAGUAACUAUGAAUUAUUCAAAUAAAAGUUUGGAUUUUUUUUG